GUUCGCUUCCCCACCGUCGUCCACAGCGAACCUACGCUCCGCUCCGUCUGCAACCUAUGACCAGGAGGAUCCUGAAGUUUCCCACCGCCCACGCAGAAACAACAGAGACCCUCGUCCCUUCCCCCCCGCUCAUCAAUCCCGAGCGAGAAAAAAAAAGCAAAAAAGAGCGGAUGCGAAAAAGGGCCCUGAAUUAUUUUUUUGAUUUCAUUUCUUAGCCUUGGCUAAUUAUCCCCCCUCGUCUUCCGUUCUCUCUUCCUACUCUCCUCCCAAUUGAUCCUAUUCUCGGAACCCUUUUCUCUCCGUUCUGGUUCACAAUCUUCUUUCUAUCCGUACUCUGUACCGGUUCCUCAAGUUCACUACCACACACACCCGUCAACCUACGUACCUACUUCACCUACCUUACCCCAAAGUCACUCUUGGAAAAGAUCGUCGCUCUUCUCGAACCGAACCAAAGCAUCCCCCCUCUGACGCAACUCCCCGCGAACAACAGCCGCUUCUUACCUUUCCGCUCCUCUCGCAACCGACAACCAUCGCCGCCCCGAGCGAUCAACUCCUCCCGCUCCGGCUCGACCUCGACGACAUCUUCGAUAUCCUCUAUCGCAUCGGCCUCAGCAGUAUCACCACCAGCAUCCCUUCAGCUUUCCCCCUCGACCUCCCCGACGAGCAGCACAAAGUCCGGCCACAAAUCGGAGUCGCGCCUGAGUAUGCCUUUCAGGAAGAUGGCCCGUCACUUUGGUGACACUCUCUCCCCGCAGCAACCUUACUUGUCGUAUCACGAUAUUCUCCUCACCUACGAAGACAUCAAGUCGCUCAAGAACGACUGGUUGACAGAUAACAACAUUGCUUUCUGGGAAGAAUGGCUGGAACGCGAAGUCCUCCCCAAGUACCCUCAAGCCCGCAUCAUCCUCCUUCGGCCCUCAAUGACCUUCCUCCUCAUGAAGGAGCCCGACAUGCGCCAGAUCCGCUCCGCCCUCCCUGACUUCUCCAAAGUAACACACAUCUUCCUCCCCAUCAACGACGCCCGCAACGUCGCCCAGGCUGAGGGCGGCUCCCACUGGUCCUUGCUGCUCGUCAGCGCCAUCGACGGCGUCGCCUUCCACUACGACUCCCUCGGCGGCGCAAACUACGCAGAGGGCCGUCUCGCCACCCACAAGAUGUCCGAGAUCCUCGGCCGGCCACUCCGCUAUCUCAACCUCGACGACUCUCCCCAGCAGGAGAACGGCAGCGACUGCGGCGUGUUUGUGUGUAUCCUGAUGCGCCACCUGCUCAUCAAGCGUCUCCUCAGCGCCAACGCUCGCGAAAAGGUCAGCAUGAGCAUGGCCAAUAAGCUGAUUGACAGCCACGGCGGACGUAAAGAGAUGCUCAAGAUUAUCGAGAGCUUGCGCAAGGAAGGCGAGCGGAGGAGAUCGAGAAGCGCAUCACCGUACUCGUCAAAGACGCCGCCACGGAUCGAGUAGUCAACCAUAGGCAACCCUUCCUAGCUUACCUUUACAACCCUCGAUCCAACGAACGACAACGAGACCGUGAUUCAGCACAAUCACAGCCUUGUCGACGACUUUAUUUAAAUGUUUCGGUAUACGAUAUCCACGAACGCAUGCACAAGUGUAUUUUAUUUCAACGACAUGAGGAAGGAGACAGGGGGAAUGUAAGCAUCUUGCGGGGGAAGAUGGGAGCGACAAGCGGAACCGCGUCUCCCAGCACACGUCCGUGAGACCCCCAUCGAAUCGAAUCCAAACGCCGAAAUACGAAGCGACGAUUCUGCGGCGACGAUUCUGCAACGACUAGAGAUAGCGGGCAAGAUGGAGGCACUGUGAGAUGAUGGGCGUAGAAGGGCCAACGCUGCGGGCUAUUCUGGCGGGGGCCACAUUGGAGUAGAAAGGUCAAGACGGGAUGGGCCGUAGUAGAGGAGGAAGAGAGGGGUCCCAAAUCAAAGACAAUGCAAAGGCGAGGCGUUUUGGCGUGCCAAGUUCGAAUGAUUAGCCAGGAGA